UAAGUAAUUGCAGACUCUGUGGCGCAAUAUUUCAACUCUUGGUGCGCACAAGCGCAGCUACUGUCGUAAAAUAUCGACUGUUUUGAAGAAAACUUUCAAGACAAAAUCAUCUUUUGCAAGACUGACACAAACAUGAAAUUGCUUUUUGUAAUUGGGAUCCUUCCUGUGCUGUGUUUGGGAGUUGAUGGGUCGUUUAUUUCAUGGAUUUUUGGCGGAGAGAGUUCGCCUCGACCCGAGAUCUCGGAUGAGCAGACGACUUCGGACCCUUCGGCGGGUUCUUCUGCGGCAAGUUCCCGUCGGGCGCCUUUUGAAAUGAAGUCGGCAGAGCACAGAUUUUUGAAGGCGGGCGAAGACUAUAUGGCUGGAUUGUCUGAACUGGAUACGUGUCAUCAUAGGGUGAUUGCCGACUUGGAGACAUCUUGCAAUGACAUUACAGAGGAGGAAUUAGGCAAAUUGGGCGUGGCACUUCUGAACUGUCAGUCACAAUCUGAAGGGCGCCCAACAUUCACUUGCACCAAGGAUAUGACUUUGGCAGAAUGCACCAGAGGUAUGGAUGCCACAACGUGGAACACGUAUCACAUCAUCAGUGACCGUUCCCGCUCUGUGUGCUACGGUGUACGACAGCAACAGUUCCAGCGCCAGACGCGGUACGCUGUCAACCAGCUUGCUGCCACUGCAGCCGAUCAAUUGAAUGUUAUGGAAAACCUAAUGGAUGGGCAGGAUGCUCUGCAGAGUGUUGCCUCAGACACAUUACAGAUCAUGUCAGAUGGACAACAAGAGAUAAUUCAGAAGCAAGCAGCUAUGAAGGACUCGCAGGGUGAACUGCAGCAAAGCAUCCAGGGGAAUCUGCAGGACUUGACCAGUGAGAAGGCAUUGAUAGCAGCAGGCCACAGAGAGCUGGCUCAAAUGACAGACAACAUCAGACAACAACUAGAUAAUGCUACCAAACAGUUACUGAACCAGGAUCAGGAUAUAAGACAAAACCACAAAGAGCUACAGAAAGACCUGACAAGCAUCCAUCGGAAAGCUAAAGAAGCAUUUGAUAAAUUAGAUGGAAACAUGCAGCAUGUGACGUUUUUCCAAGAUGAAACGUUCCAGUACUACAAGGAAACCAUAGAUAACCUGAAGAAGAUGAACGAUACUAUCAACUACCUGCUAAACCUGGUUAACGACAUGCAAACUGGGAUUGAUGAACGGCUUGGCUGGUUAACCUCCCUUGUGGGUGGUUUAGGUGAGAAUCUGACCCUGUUGUCUACCUGUGUUACCCACUGUGCCUAUUUCCUCCUGGCCUCUCUCUGUGUGACCUUCCUGCAUACACCCACCUUCUCCCGCAUCGUCCUGCUGCUCCUGGUCCCACUCAAUGCAAUCUCUGAGGUCAAGCACGGAGCCAGCCUGGACUUCUCUGGCCUGACCAUCCUCAUUACAGGAGUGGUUCUUGCCAACUGGGUUGUGCUGCUGAUCUUGAAGUAUCAAGGCAGUUGGAAUGCAGCCCUAGGCACUAAACCACCUGCAGACUAUACUCCUGCCUCUCCAUGCCAAUGCAAGCAUGUCACUCCCAGAUUUAUCAUGCCACCUGCAGUCAAUAGAUCCCUGGGAAGUCUUGGCGACUUUUCUGAUGAUGAGGACUACACCUUGCCCACUGACCUGUCAGCCAUAACUGGGGAGCAUACCUCUCAUAUGUUCAACAGCGGCAUGCUGUCUGAGUCUAGUGCCUUCAGUAAUGACACUACAUUGACUGGCUCUAAUGUGACAGAUAAUUGGUUCACUACACUCAACAAUGACAAGUCAGUCGACAAAAUGAAUGACGUCAGAGGAACUCCCAUGGACUCCUCCCUCAAGACCCCAAUGCCUUCAUCUCCAUCCAUCCUGGGCUUUGGUGACUUGAGACACACCAACCCAGCCAGAAGACAUCUUGCUGCAGCCCUGCAAGAGCUUCCCAAGCCUGUGCCAUCACCACGGAGUCAGAGAGAGGGUACACCAUCCAGUUCUAGACCAAGUACCCCUGGGAGUUCCCGAGCUAGCACCCCAGGCAAGCGACUCUGUAAUGGCAUCACCAAAUCAGGCCAGCCCUGCCGCCUGGCAUGCAGCCAGGGAUCAGAUUAUUGCUUCCGUCAUGCUGACAACUGAACCAUGUGAGCUUGCUUCAGAGAAUUACUUAUCCAUGCCACGGAAAAGCUGCAUUAAAAAGUUGUUUGCCUUAAUUGCUUAGAAACUAUUGCAUAUAAACAGAUUAUACCUGAGUUUAGAGUUUUGUAUUUUGUGUAUAACCCAUGCAUGUGUAUCUUGCUUGGAAAAUCAAAAACAAUCAUUUAUUAAUCUUAAAAUCACAAUAUUAUUACAUCUUUACGUUACCCUUGUUUGUAAGACAAAAGAGGAGGAAAGAUAUUUAUUAACUUUGGAGAAAUCCUUGGUAAAAGUUUGUUUCCAACAGUGAUUUUGAAACAAACAACUUAAUAUGGCACGUGAAAGGUUGACAAAAUCGAAUGUUUGUGAAAAGCAAAACAUCUAAAAUGUUUUUCUGUAAAUUUCAAUGACGUGUCCAGUGUUAACUUGUGUUUCUCUGAAUUUACAGUUAAUCUGAAUUCAUUUUGAUCAAUAAAUCAUUCCCCUGUCGUGUACAUUUUUAAGUACUCAAAUAGCCAAUUCAUUUUUGGAUCAAUAGUUCAAACUAUAAAUUAUGUCAACAACAGAAGUUUAAAAGAACCAACCAUAAAAUGUACUCACCUUUUCAGAACAUUGGGCUUGACAUUAUUUUCACCAAGUAAUGCAGAUUUGUGUGUUUGUCUUCCAUGGGGGAAAGGUUUUGUAUAUAGUGCGUAGAUAUUUUUUAGGGUUUUGGCUUCAGAACUUUUUUGAUCGGGUGAAGUUGCAUUCUCUGAAAGGAUAUUCACCAAGUGGUUUUCCAUGAAUGGAAUUUUAGAAAGUAACGGAAUAACCCACACAAUUGAUUGUUUGAAUGACAUCCUAGUAGUAAUUACUGCAUGCCCAUUCAAUAAUUUGCUUUUACGUUAAUCAUGCAUCAGACAAAAAUAAUUAGUCAGAGGUACAGUCACAGCACAUCACAUUUAUUAUAUAUAUUCAAUUGUUUAUUUGUAGCUGCCAGUUCGAAAAAAGGAACAAAAAUGGAAAUAAUUUUUGCAAAGAUUUUCUAUGAUAAAAGAAAGACACUAUAAUUAAAAUGAAAGUGUAAGAAUGUCUAAAGCGUCACUUUAUAACUCACAGAAUAUUAUGCUGUCUGAUUGGCUUUAAUUUCUAAUUGUUGAGGCGCUAAUCACAUACUUUAUUUCUGUUUAAUCAUUUUCUUCAAACUGAUGCAUUUCUUUUGUUAAUUUUUCAAGAAACUUUAGCCCGAGUAUUAUAAUAAUUAUGGGGAUUUUUGCUUUAGUGCCAAGUUAUGGUAUGUUGUUCCGUGUACAAUGCACUUAAGAUGCAUUCCCUGUGCUUUUUUUCGAGUUUCACCUCUAAACAUAGAUUAGUAUUUUCAAUUGCUAUUUUUUGAGGAAUAGAGAAGUUAUUCACUUGUGAAUGAGAGACAUCGAAUGAAAAAAUCCAACAUUUUUAGUUUUGAAUUAUCUUCCGAAAAAAACAUGAUUUAUUGACUGCCAGAUUUUUUACCUCUCACAGGGCGGGGUCAUGUGAGGCUCAAAAUGAAAUUUCUUUUUUUUAAUAGGGUCGCAGACGCUCAAAAUUAGAAUCAAAUACAUUUUUUAUUAAAACAAAACAUACAAAUUGGAAAUUUGUUCUGAGAAAAAAAAUAACAAUUUUGGGGAGAGCACGGGGUAUACUUCUUUAAAUCUGUAAAUAACUUAAAGCCGUUUCUUGGUUUCAUAUUAAAUCGUGGAAUGUUAAUGCAAUAAUCUAUAUCAGAGUUUGUGGUCAGUGCAAAUUCCGUAUGCUGUAAAUAAAGACAUGAAAACAUUUUGAAA